UUGCCCUCAAUGGGUUAAAGUAUCCUUUACUUUUCGAGCUUUCCCCACCAAAUUGACAAGCGAAGAAAACUUGAGGGAAAAAAACUAUGCUUGCAUCAUGCUUAUUGAUGUACUAUCGCAUGGCACGGGCUCGAACAAUCAACACACAUAAAUAAAUACUGAAGCUAAAUAUUUUUUAAGUAUUUUUCAAGUUAAAUACGGAAGCAAACAAUCAGCACCUAUGACGGAGACGCGGAGUGCAUUACAAACUAACGUUGGCUUUUUCAUGUUGAGUAUCAAAAAUAUGAUUAUUAAACUUUGGGAUUUCAAUGCUAGGAACUUCACCUAGUAACCUAAUUAAGCCCAUCUUUGUUCUCUGUUUUGAAACAAUAGUUUAAUGGCUUUUUCCCCCUUUUGAAACAAUUCUAGAACUCAUCUUUGUCCUUAGAACCAUGAACCAGGAAAUGGCUUGACAAGUUAAUUGGAUUCUGACUUUAACCUUGGUGUACUUAAUUCUACUAUCCAUAGGGCAUAUAUAUACAUUCUAACUCUAACAUUAAGAGCACUAAAGGAAUUCUUUGUAAAAUUUGGUAAUCUAUCCAUGAGAAACGAGAAUGCAAGGGUAUGACCCUUACAUUUUAGAACUUCUAUUUUUAUGUUUGGACAAAGUUUUUUUUUUUUUUUUUUUGCAUUCCUCAACUGACUUUGAACAUGCAGUUUCAACUUCUCCGAGACAAAAAUAUCGGAAUUGUAAUCCAUGAUGAGCAGGACCAUAAUGUCAACACCUUAUUUGUAAUCUGUGAUGGUGUGAUGAGCAAUCACAACGAACUUCAUAUACAGUGAUCACAACGAACAAGGAUUUCAUUCCUGUUGUGAUAUAAUUUCUUUGCUGUUGUGAUUUUUUUUUUGUUCAAAUAAAGAACUUUAAGUUUUGCUUCUUAUAUUUCUGUAGCUUAUUCAACCAACAGAUGUUGUUUAAGUUUUGCCUAUUGUGUCACGUGUCUCCGAAGUGUCUGACACGGAUACGUCGAUCUCUAGAAGUGUCAGUGUUACAUGAAACUAUGCGACCCCUCAAUGUUACAUGAACAGGUUGAUACGUACUUUGUUCACGGAUACAGUGUUGAUCAUUUGCAUGUGUUGAUUAUUCGAUCUGUGCCUUCGGGCACAGGCAUACACUAGAAGAAAUCUAUUUGACCCUAAUUUAAGAAAAAGUAUUCCCGUAUAAAUAGCUUCGUUGGCUGAUUUGGUCAAUAGUCUCGUAAUUCAUUUUAGUUAUGUUCAAAAUGCAUUGAGCCAUGUCUUUAGGCACGGGCAAACCCUAGUAUCUCCAAUGUUAUGUGCAGAUGGUAGGGGUAAGUAGUUUAUGGGUAAUUGGAGAGUGGGGGUUGGAGUUUAGGGGUUAAUGAUAUUUGGAGACAAUAGGGGUUGAUGAUAAUUGGAGACAAUAGGGGUUGAUGAUAAUUGGAGACAAUAGAACUGUGCAUUUUAGUUAUUGAGUAGAGCUACUUUUUUGAUUGGAGGCAUCAAACUUCCAUGCUCGUUGUGGACCAAAAUUUAAUCCGAGGGGAUACAAACCCAGGUAAAGGGAAAAAAAAAGUUUCAGUUUGAAUUCUAUUCUUUUUGUAAUCAUGUCAUUGUUUUUUAUGUUUUCCUUUUGUUAUGUUUCAGUUUCAUUCAAUUCAUUUUCUCCAACUCUCUCGGAACUUCAAUUUGAGACCAAUUGGAUUAGGUCAAUUAGUCAAGAGAGGAAAGAGAGAGAUAUUAUGGAUCAGUUCGAUGGUGGUCAGGGUGGUCAUGCAAAUGUCCACAAUGAUAAAUUUAAUUCUAGCAGUUAUAGUAAGAAUGACAUUCUCGAGCAGAAAUUUGAUUCAGAGGAUGAUGCACAUGCCUUCUAUAAUGCAUACGCUAAGGAAAUGAGGUUUAGCAUACGGAAAGAUAGGUUAAAAGUUGACGAGACUAAUGUGCCUCGUAAGAGGAAAUGGGUAUGUUCAAAGCAAGGUCGAAGAGCAAAAAAACAUUUGGACCGUAAGGAUCGGAAAAGACCCCCCCGGGAUGAAACUAGAGUUGGAUGUCGAGCUACUUUCAGCAUUCGAUAUGAUAAAGGAGUUGAAAAAUAUGUGGUGACUCACUUUGACAAUGAACACAACCAUCCAUUUAUAGAGAAACGUUGCGUGCCUUUCCUCCUCCCACAUAGGUGUGUGAGUGAUGCGGUUAAAGCUCAAACAAAAGCUAUGCACAAUGUCGGUGUGAAGACAGGUCAGAUCAUGGAUAUGAAGGUCAAUGAAUCAGGGGGGUACGGGGAUGUGGGCUUCACUCUGAAAGAUCUGCAGAACAAAAUUGAAGUUGAGCGCAGAGUAGAACUCAAAGACGGGGAUGCAGAGGGUGCUUUGGGUUACUUAUCUGCGAGAGCGAAUGCCGACCCAUUAUUUUUCUUCAAGUAUACCGUGGAUGAGGACAACCGGCUAGGUAAAUUGUUUUGGGCAGACUCGAAGUCUCGGAUGGACUAUGCUGCUUUCGGUGAUGUACUGAUAUUCGACACAACCUAUCGAACUAAUGCAUAUAAGAAACCGUUUGUCAUUUUAGCUGGCGUGAGUAACCAUUUUCUUACGACUAUUUUUGGUUGUGCCUUGUUGGUUGAUGAGACAUUUGCAACAUACACAUGGUGCUGGAAACCUUAAUGGAGGCCAUGGAUAACAAAUGACCUGUAUCCGUAGCGACAGAUGGUGAUAGGGCAAUGCGUCAGGCAAUUCAAAAAGUCAUUCCGGAUUGUAGGCAUCGUCUUUGUUCGUGGCAUCUGUCGCGAAAUGCCGCGACAAAUAUCCACAAACCUGAGUUUCAAGAAGAUUUCAAGCGGUGUAUGCAAAUGGAUUGUGAAAUAGAUGAGUUCGAAAACGUUUGGGAUCAGGUGGUGAAACGGUACAAUAUUGAGCAAAAACCUUGGGUGUGGGAGACUUAUAGCAAACGUUCUUUAUGGGCUCAGGCAUAUCUUCGUGGCUAUAUGUUUGCUGGGGCAUCGAGUACGCAGCGGGUAGAAGGCAUGAAUGCCUAUUUCAACCAGUUCUUAAAACAGAGACUAAGGCUUUUUGAAUUUAUGGUACAUUAUGAUAGGGCUCUUGGGCGUAUUCGAAAUAGAGAGGCAAAGUCAGAGGUCCGAACAGAGAACAGUUUUUCGGUUUUGACUACACCACUGAAGCGUUUAGAGAAACAUGGAGCUGACAUGUUCACUCGAAAUAUUUUCUUGUUAUUUCGUGAGGAACUUGCCCGAGCAGGCAAGUACAUUGUGGAGAAAAUAGUUGUGAUCGAGGGGAUAGACCAUCACAAGUAUUACUUAUCUAAAUACGGGUCACCUGAGAAAACAUGGACAGUUGACUAUCAUUCAGCGGAUAAUCGAAGGAUGUGUUCUUGCUUGAAAUUCGAAUCGUUUGGCAUACCCUGCUGCCACAUGAUUUGUGUUAUGAAAUUAAACCAUCUAUUGUGUAUUCCUUAGAAUUGAAUCUUCCAGAGGUGGGCGAGACAACAUAGGCCUAACCAUCAGGUACAUAGUCAUAGCAAAAUUGAUACCACACUAUCUCAGACAGCACGUUAUGGUAUAUUAAGCUCACUUUUCAACGAGGUGUCGUAUUAUGCCUCGCACGCUGACUUGGAUUUCAAAGAGGCUAGGGAAAUAGCCGUCCAAUUUCUGUGGCGGUUGAAGAAACGCCAGGAAAUGACAAAGGAUAACCCCAACAGUGUUGAAGGAAAUAGGAAGACCAAGCUAUUUGGUAUUGGGGAUCCUAAUAUAGUCAAAACCAAAGGUAAUCCGGGGGGGAACUCUUCUAUGGGCAAACCCAAAAGGCCAAGGAAAUGCGGAAGGUGCAAGGUUCCAGGCCACACAAAGAGAACAUGUCCAAAAUUUCCUUUAGCUAGCCGAGGAGUGAAUAGUAUCUCUAUCGAUAAGAAUGACUACCAACCAUCGGCGACACACUGUCCUUCGGAGGACGGCUAUCCAACUCCUCCUCCUUCCCCUUUUACACAAACAGGAUGUAAAAGGAAGUCAACAGGUCCUGCUAUGACCCAUCGUGUGAAAAGGCAACUUUACACAAACCAUGAGCGUACAGAUCUAACUCCUUUGGAGUCAGGACAUGACAUCAAUAGAGCAACUGCAAGUCGUGAUGCUCAAGUGUGCCAAAAUGGAUCAUUCAGAAUUAAUGAAGCUAGUAAGGAAGAUGAAGAAGGAGCUGCAACAAAUGGACCCAUCCAGUCAAGUUCUAGUGUCUUAUAGGUGGCAUUAUCUUGCUGUUAUGGUGUCUUAUGAGUUAUUUUAGCUUUUUUAACUGCUUCAUUGAGUUUGGGCAUGUAGACUAGCUUAUCAAUGCUUGUUAAGUUUUUGAUACUGCGUGUCAUAAUUGGUGAACUGGAUUUUUGUUUGACUAUUUAGUGGAGUUC